AUGCCGCGACAUCAAGGAGGAGUUGUCGCCUACGAUCACAAAGGGGGCCGCAUCCUCCAUUACCUCGGAGGAGGCGGUUACGCCAGCGCCUUCGCCUCUAGGGCCGUGGUGUUCGAGGCGGAGCACGCAGCGCGGCGGCAGCCUCGAUUGAAAUUUUUUCGAGAUCUGACCCUUUUGCUACCGCCAGAGUCCAUGGCGGUAGGGUCUAACAGCCUACCGUCAACGAUUUUGGCGGUUGGAAACAUCACUACCGCCAAACGGGCUGACGGUAGCCUGCACAACCUACCGCCAAAGUGCUUGACGGGGAAGAAAGGCACCAAUAGUGCAUUUUCUGAUACAUAUGUUUCAUCGUAUGAUGGUCUGACCAUGACACUAGCUGCUGGUUUGGCAUCCAUGGGCCGCUUUACAGUGGGUUCUCAGGUUUGGGUCGAGGAUGCUGAUGUGGCUUGGAUUGAUGGUCUGGUGGAGGAGGUCCAUGGGGAUGAAUUAAUAAUAAACUGCACUUCUGGGAAGAAGGUUACUGCCAAUGUGUCAAGUGUCUAUCCUAAGGAUGUAGAAGUAAAACGAUGUGGUGUUGAGGAUAUGACAAGGCUAGCUUAUCUGCAUGAACCAGGAGUUCUCCGGAACUUGAAGUCAAGAUAUGGAAUGAAUGAAAUAUAUACUUAUACUGGGAACAUAUUGAUAGCUGUAAAUCCGUUUCAAAGACUUCCUCACCUUUAUAAUGAUCAUAUGAUGGAAAUGUACAAAGGAGCCGAAUUUGGUGAGCUGAGUCCCCAUCCUUUUGCCAUGGCAGACCGUGCAUAUAGGCUUAUGAUGAAUUAUGGUACCAGUCAAGCCAUUUUGGUGAGUGGCGAAAGUGGAGCUGGUAAGACAGAAAGCACUAAAAUGCUUAUGCAAUAUCUUGCUUUUAUGGGUGGCAAAGUUGAAUCUGAUGGGAGGUCAGUGCAACAACAAGUACUGGAGUCCAAUCCUGUUCUCGAGGCAUUUGGAAAUGCAAAAACAGUCAGGAAUAAUAAUUCGAGUCGUUUCGGCAAAUUUGUUGAGCUUCAGUUUGAUCAGAAUGGGAAGAUCUCAGGAGCUGCUAUAAGGACUUACCUUUUGGAAAGAUCUCGUGUCUGUCAAAUAUCUGACCCAGAAAGAAAUUAUCACUGCUUUUACAUGCUAUGUGCUGCACCACCAGAGGACCGUGAGAGAUAUAAAUUGGGAGAUGCCUCAUUGUUUCACUAUCUCAAUCAGUCUAACUGCAUUAAGCUUGAUGGAAUGGAUGAUUCUUCAGAAUAUAUAGCAACCAGGAGAGCAAUGGAUAUUGUAGGCAUUAGUUCUGAUGAGCAGGAUGCCAUAUUCAGAGUUGUAGCUGCUAUUCUUCAUCUGGGCAAUGUGGAAUUUUCAGAAGGGAGCGAAGCAGAUUCUUCUGUACCCAAAGAUGACAAAUCCCAGUUCCAUCUCCGGACAGCUGCGGAGCUUUUCAUGUGUGAUGAAAAGUCUUUGGAGGAAUCUUUAUGUAAGCGUGUUAUGGUAACACGUGGUGAGAGUAUUGUAAGAAACUUGGAUUCACGAGCAGCAGCUCUUAGUAGAGAUGCAUUGGCCAGAAUGGUUUACUCCCGUUUGUUUGAUUGGCUUGUGAAUAAGAUCAAUACUACAAUAGGACAGGAUCCUACUUCGAAGCUUUUGAUUGGUGUGCUGGAUAUUUAUGGAUUUGAAAGUUUCAAGACAAACAGUUUCGAGCAGUUCUGUAUCAACUUAACUAAUGAGAAGCUCCAGCAACACUUUAAUCAGCAUGUUUUCAAGAUGGAGCAAGAAGAAUAUACAAAAGAAGAGAUUGAUUGGAGUUACAUCCAGUUUGUGGACAACCAAGAGAUUCUUGAUCUCAUUGAGAAGAAACCAGGGGGGAUAAUUGCUCUACUGGAUGAGACUUGCAUGUUGCGAAAUUCGAACCAUGAAACAUUCGCUGAAAAGCUAUAUCAAAAAUUCAAGGACAAUCCACAUUUCAGCAGGCCAAAAUUUUCACGGUCUGAUUUUACUAUUCAUCACUAUGCGGGAAAUGUUACAUACCAAACGGAUCUAUUCUUAGAUAAGAACAUAGAUUAUGCUGUCAACGAGCAUCAAGAUUUGUUACAUGCUUCUACAUCUCCAUUUGUUUCAAGUCUUUUUCCUCCUUCUGAAGAAUCGACUAAAUCGAAUAAAUCCACAAAGUUCACAUCAAUAGGUUCGAGCUUUAAGCAACAAUUACAAGGUUUGUUAGAAACUCUCAGCUCAACAGAACCACAUUACAUGCGCUGCAUAAAGCCUAAUAAUGUUCUCAAGCCAGCAAUUUUUGAGAACAGUAAUGUUCUCCAGCAACUUCGAUGUGGGGGGGUGCUAGAGGCAAUAAGAAUAAGCUGUCUAGGAUAUCCGACAAGGCGGACUUUUGAAGAAUUUGUUGAUCGCUUUAGUGUUUUACGACCAGAAGUUCUUGGUUUAUGUUAUGAUGAAGUUACUGCCACAAACAUGGUCCUUGAGAAAGUAAACCUCACAGGUUAUCAGAUAGGGAAAACAAAAGUGUUUCUGCGUGCUGGCCAGAUGGCUGAAUUAGAUGCUCGGAGGACUGAGGUCUUGAGCUAUUCUGCUAGUAAAAUCCAGCGAAAAGUUCGGUCGUUCCUGGCUCGCAGAAAUUUCAUUCAGCUGCGAAUGUCUUCUGUUCAGCUUCAGGCAAUGUGCAGAGGACAAAUUGCAAGGCAUUAUUAUGAAGAUCUCCGUAGGAAGGCUGCUUCAUUAAAAAUUCAGACCUACUAUCGUAUGCACUUUGCAAGGAAAAACUACAAAGCUCUCUAUUCUGCAUCAACUACUAUACAAUCAGGUCUACGUGGUAUGACUGCUCGCAACGAAUUCCAUUUCCGUCAGCAAACAAAAGCGGCAGUGAUUAUUCAGAGUUGCUGCCGUAGUGAUUUAGCAAGCUCACGGUAUAUGGGCUUAAAGAAGGCAGCGAUCACAACCCAAUGUGCUUGGAGAGGAAGGGUGGCCAGAAGAGAACUUAGAAAACUUAAAAUGGCUGCAAAAGAAAGUGGUGCUCUGCAAGCUGCAAAGAAUAAGUUAGAGAAGCAAGUUGAGGAGCUCACUUGGCGGUUGCAACUGGAGAAACGCAUGAGGGCCUUGGGCCAGGCCAGGCUUGGCACUUUCAGGUCGGGUUUUGCAAGUCCCGGCCUGGCCCGGGGUAUGACCAGGUUUAUUCUCAAGGAGGAGCCUUUAGACGGAAUUAGGGAGGUAAAUCUGCGUUUUGAUAGUUGUGGGUAUACUUGUGAAUGCGGUAUAAGUUUUGGGACCAAGAGUGCACUUCACUCUACUCAAUCAAUGUGUUUUGAAAGCAUAACUGACAUGGAAGAAGCCAAGACACAAGAAAAUAAGAAGUUGCAACAACAAUUACAGGAAUUGCAAUUCCAGUCCAAGGAGACAAAAGAUAUAUUAAGAAGGGAACAGGAAAACACAAAAACAGCAUUGGAGAAAGCUGCCUUAGUACCAGAGAUCCAAAUUGAUACAACUCAUGUUGACAAGCUUACUGCUGAAAAUGAGAAUCUUAAGACACUGGUGAUUUCUCUUGAGACAAAAAUUGAAGAAACAGAACAGAAGUUUGAAGAAAUGAAGAAAGCCAGAGAAGAAUUGCUGAAGAUAGCUACAGAUGCCGAGUCAAAGAUAAAUGAACUGACCAACACAAUGCUAAGUUUUCAAGAAAAGUUGACUAAUAUGGAAGCUGAAAAUCAACUUCUCCGGCAGCAGGCUCUGUUGCAUUCUCGCCUGAAAACAAUAUCUGAGAACACUUCUCCGAAAUCUAAUUCGACUAAUGGCAGCCCACACUAUGAGGAACAGAUGACACCUCAUGGCACUCCUCGAGCGCCCAAGGAUUAUGGGAACUUCGCACAUCCAAGGGCAUCCUUUUCUGAGAGGCAGCAUGAUACUGUGGAUGCACUUAUAAACUGUGUUACUGAAAAUAUUGGCUUUAGUGAAGGAAAGCCAGUUGCUGCAAUUACCAUAUACAAAUGUCUUGUUCACUGGAAGAUCUUUGAAACAGAAAAAACAUCUGUUUUUGAUAGGCUUAUUCAAAUUUUUGGUUCUGCGAUGCAGAAUCAUGAUAGCAAUGAGGAUCUUGCAUACUGGCUAUCGAACUCAUCGACUUUAUUGAUUAUACUACAAAAGAGCCUAAAAGCUGUUGGCUCAACGGGAACCACUCCACAUAAAAGACCACAGAAUCAGUCAUCGUUCCUUGGGAGGAUGGUAUUUCGUUCUUCGAACAUUACUGUCGAUAUGGAUCUUGUGCGUCAAAUCGAAGCCAAGUAUCCUGCAUUUCUUUUCAAGCAGCAACUUGCAGCAUUUGUGGAAGGCUUAUAUGGAAUGAUCCGUGACAAUGUCAAGAAAGAAUUAUCUGCAUUGCUCUUGCAUGCUAUUCAGGUCCCGAGAAUUAUAAAAGCCAGUAUGGUAAGAGGACGUUCAUUUGGGUCAUCAAGUUUGAGGGGGCGUUCAUUUUCAAAUCAAGGUAGCUAUUGGCUGGCGAUAGUUGACAAUUUGAAUGAACUCUUGAAUAUCUUGCGAGAAAAUUGUGUCCCUGCUAUUUUUAUUCGGAAGAUAUUUACCCAGAUUUUCUCAUUUAUCAAUGCUCAACUUUUCAAUAGUCUUCUUGUGCGCCAUGAGUGCUGCUCUUUUAGCAAUGGAGAAUAUGUAAAACAAGGAUUGGCACAACUAGAGGUGUGGUGUGGAGAAGUGAAACCAGAGGAUCUGCAUUGCAUGAACUCAGGCACAUAA